AUGAUCAGGGAGAGGACGCUUCCGGUUUCACAAUAUGUGGCGGACGAGGAAAUAAAGAAGGCUUGGUAUCAUGAGAUGUUGAGGAGCGACAUUCGGCAGUUUGUGAGUCGAUCCAGUUGUAAGAUGCUGGAGGAUAUGAUAUCUCGAGCUAGAAAAUGGGAGAUUGACCUGGAGAUGGAGAAGAAGAGGAAGUAUGAGUAUGUGUCGAUCGUUGAGGGUUCGGGAAAGAGGCCCGAGGUAUCUGAUUCUAGACCGAGAGGUCAUCAGGGUUGUAACUGUUGUGGCAGGUGUGGCAAGAUGCACGAAGGGGCGUGCAUAGUGGGUGGUUCUGGCUGCUUCAAGUGUGGUUGGACUGGUCAUAUCAACAGGGAUUGUACUACUACCACAACCACCACUCCGGUAUUUGAUCUGAUUUGCUUUCAUUGCGAUCAAAUGGGCCACAAGAAGACCCAUUGUCUAAGUUUAGCUGCAGCAGGACCAGUAUCAGCACGCGCUCCCGCAACUCUCUGGAUUACUCACGGUCUCCAGGGUCAGGCAGACAUGCCUGUGGCAAAGAGAAAGGCUUUCAAGGCGACAACAGAUGAGGCACAUGCAGCUCUCGGUGUGGUGACAGGCUACCUGAUCGUUUGUAUCGCUUGUGCUGAGCAAGAGGUUUGUCGGAGCUCCAGGGGAGGGGAGUUGUAUUGUCCUCUUGAUGUGGAGAUUGUUGACGACAAGACUAUUCAGAUUGCAAGGGUUCAUCUGGGGUGUGCUCUUCAGUUGUUUCUUGAGCAAUAUAUGGUGGAUUUGGUUCCCAUUAUGUUGCGUGGUAACAAUGUCAUUAUGGGUAUGGAAUGGAGGCAGUGA